AUACCAGACGACGAAAUAUAGAAUGUCGGGCUCGCUCUGGUCCCCGCCCCGGGCGGUUGAUAUCUCUGCCUGUUCUCCUUCUCCGUCCAGCAAAGCACCCCAGUUAUGGACUUGGACGAUGACGACUUCGACGAGCUCGCUGCAGACAAAUACAGCUCAAAGACGACAGCCUCAUUAGCCGAGUUCUUCAGGACGACCUCCCCACCCGGAUUUGUAGACCCUCAUCCGGCCUCCCAUCGCCCUCGCUCUCUCGGCCCCCAGGUCGCCCUGCAGUAUUCUCCAAGCAGCACAACUCCCCGGUACACCCCUCUGGAAACCGUUCGCGCGCCGGAUCAUGAAGAGAUGCAGCCGUCGACUACGCCGCGUACUCUCCAUCGCGCCGAGCGUAUUUUCAAGUUGACUACGGACAACCGGCCACACUACGACGACCUCAGCUGCAUUUUCUCAGUCCUCACCAUCUCUCUCCCGCUCAUGGACCACUUCGUCGGCGUCUUCUCUGCUCCGUACCCGCUCUCGUUCAAGGCUGACGACGCGGUGAGCAAUCUCAUGAAUCUCAAGAUGCAGCAGAACGUCCGGUCGUUCGAUCGCGCUGGCAAUAAAACCACCUCGACCACAAUCACCUCCUACCAAGUCGACCGGCCCAUGUGCCUGAAGCUCAUGCAGAGCUUCAUGUCUGCUCACUUCAUCAAAUGCGCAAAUGAUCCCACCACCGAGAAAUUCAGCGAGAACCUCCUUCUCCAGCUCACCCCCAAGGGCUGCGCGGUUCUGUACCUCUUCACACAGCGAAACGGCAUCUCGGCCCCAAACGUCACCAGCCUUCUCAAAUAUCACUCCAGCUGUAUGCGCUUGGUCACGCUGGAGCGCGAUCCGCUCACCGACUACAUUUACACCUCGAGUCAGUUCGUCGAGAUCGUCUUUCAGAGAUUUGCCGGAACCAGCCCCAACUACUACCACUCCUCCUCGUCCUCAUCCUCCGGACAUUCAGCACAUCACAGCAAAAACAGCAACAGCAUCAGCACUCUCAAGCAACCAAAUAUGUCUGGAAUGCUACACACCGGCACAGGCUCCUCCACUUCAACCUAUGUCUUCUCUGGAAAGCAGCGCCAGCAGUCAGCCCCACCCAUGAGCGCGUCAGGAGCCGAGACAGUGCCAGACCCAGGUUUCUACUUUGACAAAAACAGCGACUCGGGCAUGGGCGUGCGCAUAUACGAAGUCAAGCGUCUUCAUCUGAAGGAAUACAAACACUGCUUUUCGGGUGCUGAUGCGAGGCGCUGGAUUAUGGACUGGACGACAGCUAUCAACAAUCAGGAGGCUCAGAUACUGCUCGAUGAGUUUGUUGAUCAGGGCCUGAUUGUGCGAUUAGACGGAAAAUCGGGCUCUUCUGCCACAUCGUUCAUAGUGGACAAGAACGCCCACUAUACGCUGGCCAGUAAGGGAAGACAGCUUGCAGGGUGGCCGCCGCUCGCAAGCCGCUCUUCGUCUGGCGCCCCGGUUAGCAAGGUGAAACGGCCGGAGUCUCCCAUCACUCGGGUUUCGUCGCCCGGAGCCGACAAGACGCAGAAGCUGAACAGUAUCCUCGAGAAUCCGGCUUUACGACUGCUGUUUCGGGAGCACUUGGAAGACCAUCUGUGUGUCGAGAACCUCGUGUUAUACUCGGAAAGCAGCAAGGUCAUUGCGAUGUAUGAGGAGCUUGAACGAGAUGAUUUUGCUACGGCGACGAUCCAGAAAGUGGACGUCUGUAUAAGUGAGGCAUGGGUCGUAUACCACGUCUUUCUGGCUCGCGGCUCCGCAUCCGAGGUUAACAUCGACUACGACCUGCGCACACGCGUGCGCGAAGGCAUGACGGCAAUCAGAUCGCCAGACACGUCGACGAAAGAAAAGUCUCCGAAAUCGCUGGAUGUGUCGAUCGCGAAUCUGAAGCGGAUCAUAAGCUUGCUUAUCGAGGUGCGGUCGCAGGUGUUUUCUCUGAUGGCGGCAGACUCGGUGCCGAAGUUUUUGAAAACGAGCAAGUUCUUGGAGUCAAAUCUGGAGAUUGCUUGAGAAGUCAUUCAUUUGUGCAUAGUUCUAUCUCAUUGGUCUCGCCUUGGUAUUCGCGAACGUUAAUUUUAAUCUCAUAAUUCGCAUAAUAAUACUCCAACUAAUUUUAUACCAAUAUCGUAAGAAUUCAUAGAACUGAGAGACGCUGUAAAGUAGACGAUGUUAAAACGCUGGAUCUUCUUUUGGCGACCUCGACAAAAUGAAGGUUUGGAGAUUGCGCAGCGACCCCAGAG